AUGGAGUUUCACCAGAGUUUAAAUAUUGCUAUGGUGUUUAUUCUUAUUGGAAGAUAUUUUGCGACCUCUGAACAGGUGCAAGAUCCGAAAGUACAGGGACAAUCGUCCGAAAAACUCAACAAUAUUACUGUUAAUUCAUUCGUGGAUUACAUCAUUCUAAAAUACUCCACUGAUGCAAAUGUGUUAUCAUUCGAAGGUUACGAACAUUUAUUGGAAAGUUUGAAUCUUGGUAUGAUUCAUACAGGUCAUCAUGUGGAGACUCAUAUCAAAAACCCAUCGAAACAAUUUCAUGAUUUUCACGAAAAUCACAAUCACCAGCCGGCAGUUGGAUCAGUCUACAGCAUAAAUGGUGGUCAUCAUAGCAACGAGGAAGGGAUGGACAUCAAACAUCACUCGAACCAAAAUGUCAAACAUGAAAUCAAAACUGGUCAUUCCUUAAAGACAGAAAACCAUAACGACAUUCAUGUCGACCAUAAGGAGCAUAGCGACCAUGAUGGUCAUCCUAACCAUGGUGACCAUGGCGAUCAUAAAGAUGCUUAUCACACAAACAGAAAUAUGAACGUAGUUGUAGCUAACACCGAGUCACUUGACUUUCGCACUAAGUGUUUGACCCCGUUGGAGAUUCUGCAACUGAUGAAUUUUACUAAUCAAUCCCUGACGAAGGACCAGUUUAUAGAGUUGUUUCCGCUACUGAUUGUUCAACUUGAGGGACACAAUUGUAACCACCUCCGUCAUCAUAGCCAUGUGCAUGCACACGUACAUGAAGGACCAAAAAGCAAUGCAAAUUCUAAAACAUGGUUCUUUGCCUGUGGAGCUAUUGUGGUAAUCAGUUUGUCAGGUCUGAUCUGCGUGAGCCUCUUGUCUGUCUUACAACAUUUUCUUUUCGAGAACUUGCUCCACUUUUUGGUGGCGCUGGCUGUCGGAGCACUGACUGGAGACGCAAUGCUCCACCUCUUACCCCAUGCGUUUUCGUCGACAAAGGGCCAUGACCAUGGUGAUGGACACGACAUGACAGAUGUGUACAAAGGUUUAGCGGGACUUGCAGUUAUCUAUUUCUUCUUUCUGGUUGGGAGGAUUCAGAACUUUGCACAUGUAAAGAGAAUGAAGAAUAAAAGACAAAGAUCAGAAUUGGACUCCGUUACAGCAACCAUGGCGAUGAAAUCACAAGGCGAGGAGGACAAUAUGAUGGUGGACAAAAUUACCAGUGCCAAACCAGAAGAAGCUGACGAGAACCAUUGUCAUUGUCGUAGUCGCGACGGACUGUCUUCGUCCACUGGAGCAAUGGUUUGGCGAGUGAUUGUAGGGGACGGGAUCCACAACUUAAGUGAUGGUCUGGCUAUCGGUGUGGCGUUCGCUGUCAGUGUAACCAGUGGUCUGAGUACUUCCAUAGCAGUGUUGUGUCAUGAACUGCCUCACGAGAUAGGUGACUUCGCCGUUCUCCUGAAGAAAGGAAUGUCGAUUAAACAGGCGCUAUGUUUCAAUUGUCUGUCGUCUGUUCUGUCAAUGAUUGGCGUUUUGGCGGGAGUGGCAAUGGGCAAUAUUACAAGCGUCAAAUUCUACAUUCUGGUCUGUGUUGCUGCGAUGUUUAUAUAUAUAUCGCUGGUUGAUAUGCUUCCAGAAAUAAGUAACAGCUCUGAUAAGAACCAACUACGCCAUCUGGUCUUCACUAUGUUGGGAAUGGGUGUUGGCUCGGGAAUCAUGCUCAUUAUCGCACUUAAAGAGGAGGAGCUGAUGCAGCUCACCACGUGA